UGCGCGUCACCGGGACGUUGUUACACGCCCACCGAGCGCGCGCGUCUGUCAGUUCGCGACAGGAAGCGACAGAAGACAACACAAAUAAAUAAACAGAACAGAGAAAGAAGCGCGUCGCUAAAUUCUAUAAAAACAACAACUAGACGUGUUUAAAAGCGACGUGGUGUUUCCGGUUGUGAGCGCAGAGCUGUAUAUCGGCCAUGUCCGGGUUCAUGUCGGACAGUUUCGGGACGUUCACACACGCCGUGGUGCGCGCGAUGCCCGCGUCUUAUACCGAGGGCGCGCUCCGGAGUGGCGCGGGGCAGGUGGACGCGGUGCGCGCGCAGCAGGAGCACGACCAUUACGUCGACGUGCUACGGAACCGACUCGGUUUGGAGGUGCUCGAGCUUCCCGCCGACGAGAAUCUGCCGGACUGCGUGUUCGUGGAGGACGCGGCGGUGGUGUGUGGAGACACCGCCCUGGUCACUAGACCCGGAGCUGAGAGCCGCCGCGGAGAGACCAAGGCCAUGAAGAAUGCCUUGAUGAAGCUUGGCCUGAACAUUGUGGAGAUGACUGACGAAUCGGCUACGCUGGACGGAGGAGACGUUCUUUUUACAGGUCAAGAGUUCUUCGUGGGCUUGUCAAAAAGAACCAAUCAGCGAGGGGCAGAGAUCCUAGCAGAUACAUUUAAGGACUACGCCGUAUCCACUGUUCCAGUAAAGGACGGCCUGCACCUGAAGAGCUUCUGCAGUAUGGCAGGUCCAGGACUUAUUGCUAUUGGUUCCAGUGAAUCAGCCCAGAAAGCCUUAAAGACGAUGCAGCAGAUGAGCGAUCAUAAAUACGAUAAACUUACACUACCUGAUGAUGCUGCUGCUAACUGUGUGUACAUGAAUCUGCCCAGUAAAGGACACGUCCUGCUGCACUGCACACCGGAGGAGUACCCUGAGAGUGCUAAGGUGUUUGAGAAGCUGAAGGAGCACAUGCUCAUCCCGGUUCCCAACGUGGAGGGAGCGAAGGUGGACGGAGCGCUCACCUGCUGCUCGGUUCUCAUCAGUAAACCAGCCGAGGUCUAAGGGGCUGUACCUGAUGCCCACCCUGCACCCUGCACCCAUGCCUUUAAAACAGGACGUCUGGAUGCUUUUCUGUGUUAUUGGAUAAUGAUAAUGACGAUGAUGAUGUUUAUUAUUGGAAGACCGGAGGCUGAUUCAGUCUGAGACAGUCCUAAAUUUAGUCCUCUGAAAAAAAGUCCAGAUGCUUUAGUUAACAGUUCAGUGUUAAUUGUACUGAGCUUGUCAGCCCAAUUAUUAAAGAUUCACAGAUUGCUCACUUAAACAGAACACUUUAUGUUCACUACAGUGUUCAGCCUCGUACUCUUACUAUAUGAUUAUUAUUUACACAGAAAAGCUUACACGUGUUCCACUUAAACACACACAACAUGAAGCAGGAUGGAGCUGGGAUCUGGAUUCAGACCUUCAGACCUUUCUGUUGGUGUCAAAAUGCCUUAAACACUGAGAUAACACCUCCAACUAACACCACCAACCAACAUUGUGAACCAACACCACAAAUGAACACUGCCAACCAACACUAACAACCAACAACACCAGUUAACACUGACAACCACCAACAUUGUGAACCAACACCACCUCCAAGUAACAUUGACAACCAACACUGACAACCAACAUUGUGAACCAACACCACCAAUUAACACUGCCAAAGAACACCUCAACCAUGACCACCAGCCAACACCGCAAACCAACACCAAUAAUCAACAACACUAACUAACAAUUCCAAGUAACACAGCCAACCAACAACACUAAGUAAGACUGACAAUCAACACCACCAACCAACACCACCAACUAACACCACCAAUCAAUACUCAGGAAAAGGAAAAUCUGCACAUCAGUGAGUUUUACAACAAGGCUUUUAUCACAUCUGGGGAAACAUUGUGUAAGAUGUAGUUUAUUUCUCUCUUCCUAAUAAGACGGUUAAUUAGCAAUACUGAAAGCUGAUAUUAGCUGAAAUCUGGAACAAAACAGAAAUUGAAAGUGAGCAAAAGUGUGAACAGAGAACAGCCUGGAUUUAGCCUCCUGUCGUCCAGCACUGUGACUCAACACGAUCCUGUAGAUUAUUUCAUUCCUGAUGUGGUACGACCUCCACUGUGCUUCACCCUGAGAGUAGUGCAGCGAUUAGAGAGAACCGAGCAGAACAGACGGUCAGAUUUCAUUCCUCUGCAGUUUAGUGUCUUUGUUCUAGUGUCCUAGAGUGAUGGAAAUGUGUCAGACCUGACAGACCGGACCUUAGAAAGCCUUACAGAGAUUAUCUCAGCCUUGUGUGUGUGUUUGUGUUUGUGUGUGUGUGUGUGUAGGGGUGCGUAGGUACGAACCCAAACCUCUGAUUGUUUACAAUCUUUUCUACAAACCACUAAAAGACCCUGUCACUGUUUCUGCUGUUUUAUACAAUCACUAAAGUCAACAAAGUUCAGUAGCCACAAAACAUCCAGGAGACCAAAUAAAGAGCUCUUAC